GAGGGAAAACUGAGAGCGGUUUACUAUUCAGUGCAGGAGAAAGCGAGGGGAAAAAAAGAGAAGUGGAGAAGAAGAAGAAGAAGCUGCGAAAAUGUACGGCGGAAGCGAAUUCGAUGGAGGCGCGGCGGCGUUCAUGGGCGGCGGAUUCAUGCCUUCGCAGGCCACUCAGCCUCACGAUUCCUUCGCGUCCUCUUCUUCCUCCAAGAAUCGAGAUUCCAAGGUCCUUUUGCCGCUUACUGUGAAGCAGAUGAGCGAGCUACCAACUACUGAUGAGUCCAAUUUCACCAUUGAUGGUGUUGUUGUGAACACUGUUGUUCUGGUGGGGAGGGUGUGUCGGAAGGAAGACAAAGUGAGCGACUACACUCUUCUCGUCGAUGAUGGCACAGGAGUGAUGGAAUGCUGCAAAUGGUUUCAGGAACCUCUUGACACUGAAGAAGCCGAAGGAAUCUCAAUCGGAACUUAUGUCCGUGUACACGGACACUUGAGAGGCUUGCAGGGCAGAAGAUUCAUCAAUGUCUUCUCUAUUAGGCCAGUUACCGAUUUCAAUGAGGUGGUGAGUCACUUGAUCGAGUGCAUAUACGUCCACUUCUACAAUACCAAGAUGAAGGGAGUCGCUGCUCAGCCACCACCAUUGACAAAUUCCAUUCCACCAAGCAGCAGCAACUUCUCAAGGGGACUUCAGUCCGCCUCUCUAAAUCAGCCUACUGCCGCAUUUCAGGGUAGUGACAGGAUCAAUAACCUCCGGCAAAAGAUACUAGACGUCAUUCAUCAGCCUCAACAUCUAAAUAAUGAAGAGGGAGUGCAUCGUGAUGUCAUUGCUCGUCAGCUUAACCUCCCAAUGCAUAUUAUCAAGUGCAUCUCUCGCUCUGACAUUUCAUGCCUCUUCUCCUUUCUCACAUGCAUACCUUGGACGAACUUUCCUAAUGUCGUCGGCCUUCUUGCUUUUGGUCUUUGGACAGGGAAGCAAUUGAGGCUCUUGUUGUGGAAGGCGACUUGUACUCCACGAUCGAUGAUGACCACUUCAAAUCAGCCAUCAACGGUUAGACCUAUAAUUUUCUUUGCUCUCUUCUAGACGAGCGAGGAACAUAUAUGUUCUAGGGUUUAUGUGCUUUUACUAGGUUUUGAUAAUCAACAAUGUACAUAUUGCCAAGUCGGUCUAUAUUUAUGUAAAUCUAGCACUCUCUUAAGUCGACUCAUGUGGAUUGGUGGAUGAGUUGAUACGAAGUUCUUGUUAUGCUAAGCAAGAAGAAUUUUAUCUUAUUUCGAAUCAAAUUGAAUCGAUCACAUAAACUCAAUAUGCA